AUGGAAUUUUGUUUAUUACAAAAUUUUAAUAAAAAUGUUGGAAAGUGUAAAUUCUGCAUUACAGUUGAUAAAAAUCACUUUAAUGAUAUAGACAAUUGUGAAUGUAUAAAAUACUUAAACAAUAUUUAUUCAUUUCACUGUCAUAAGACGGGAAGUAAUCCGGAACGUACUAUAAAUACUUUCAAUGAUUUAGAUGAUCAUGAGUCAGAUGAUGGGGGAAAUGAAUUAAGUUAUAUGAUAUUCAAUGAUAUAUUUGAAAAUAAUGUCGUGUACAGGAAACCAUUAAUUUUUGAACUGAAAUCUUAUAUUCAUGAGUAUUUAAAAUUCAUGGAAAAAAGUUAUGAAAAAAUGUAUAAAUUCGAAAAUUAUCACUAUUCAUCAUCGAUUCCAACUCCGUUUACAAAAAUAUAUGAAACAAUCAAACAUCCCUUAACCUCUUAUCAAGCAAUUACAAUCUUAACAAACAUCACAUUUCCGUUAAUUAAAACUAUUGAAACCACAUUGAACUUGACAUCGACUGAUUGUACUUUAAUUAAUUCAUACUGCUAUACAACUAUACCCACUACACUGUGGAGCACCAUAUUAUCAACUUCUCUAAAAACUGAGACAUAUGAUAAAAUCAAAUGCUUUAAAUUUUACACGACAAUUGAUGAUACAAUAACUAGUACUUACACCAAGACUUUUUACAAUUAUUAUUAUGAUACUACAACGGAAACUGAAGUAGAAGAAAAUACGAUUUUAAAAUAUAAAAAUCAAAUGUCAACCAUUAUUGAAACUAAUAUUGAAGAUGUUUAUACAACUGUAUUUGUAGGAAAAAAAACAAUAACUGAUUUUAAUAAAAUUGUGGUAUAUACAACAGAGACAUCCACUGAUAUAUUGAAAAAUACAAAUACUAAUAUUCUGACUGUAACAAAAACUAUUGGCGGUCCUGUUGUCACCAAGACGACAACUAUGACAUCGACCACUACUGACAUAGAUGUUAAAAAAACAGUCACAACGGAGACUACUACAAAAAUAAAGAAGAAAAAGUUAGUGACUGUAUCAACAAAAUGGAAAUCCAGAACAAUUACACAGUAUAGCACAACUCUCACUACAACAACACUUACCAUUUAG